AUGACCCAGGAUAUGAACCUGGAAGUCACCGAGGCCUCAGCUGGUUUCAAUCAUCUUAAUACGGCUUCUUUUGUCUUCAAUUUGGAGAAAGUGUAUGGCCUAAAUCCCCUUCACCUUAACGAUCUUGUCAAGCUGUUACUGCUUCUCUGUUCACCUCAUAGCGACAUCCCUCACGACAAAGUACAACAAAUCCUCAACAAGGCUCUGCUUGGCUUGCUGACGGCAAAAUCACUAGAUGAGGCGAAGGCUGCAAUUGAUGUAUUCUUCAGGAUCGAGAAAUGCAACGCAAUCCACAACGAGGGUUUGCUGAAGGCAUUGGAAACAUUCAAACAAGUGUUGAACAGUUUUGGUGAACAGUCGGAGAUGAUGGAGAUGCACAACGAAAUGGCCGAAAAGAGACUUCAUGCUGCGUUUAUGAGUUUGGGCGCUAGGGAAAACGAGCUUCGCAGGUUUCUCGAUGCACUUGCUUAUCAAUGCAUUGCUUUUCCCCAUAAUAAGCGGCUUACAGAGGCGAAAGAGGCUCUUGUGAAGCGUCUUCGGCAGCCUGACGUCAACAAGCUCGGUUGUGUUCGAGACUUUCUCUUCUUCUUCAACGAGAUGGCCGAAAUGGAAUACCAUCAUAUCAACGGCCUUUUCUGUGCCGUAAUCUGCCUGCUCAUCGAGUGA